UUUCUUUUUCUUCGUAAUUGUUGGCAUCCUGGAUAGCGACGUUAGCAAGCACGGGAUUCCGUGAUACCUCUGGGAUCAACAGCUGUCAGAUCCACUUUCAUUGGUGGCCGUAAAUCCGAUCUUCGGCACCUAUGCCCAAAGUCAUUUGAGCUUGAAGAAGCUUCGCGGUGACAAGCCGCAGCUCUCCGGACGUCAGCCCUCGAGAUCCUCCUUGUGGAGGGUCAAUUGAAUUCGUGUCCAUUGCUUCCACAUAGCCUGUUAGAUCUGUAAUUUCAUCAUGGAGACAAUUCAGAGGCCCGUUGUCAGCUUUCUGGGCCCUAUUGCCUCAUAUUCGCAUCAGGCAGUCCGCCAGGUGUUUCCAGAACCAACGUGGGAACUGAGGCCUGCAGCAACGAUAGAUGACGUCUUUGACCAGGUUCAAUUCGGAGAGGUAAAGGCCGGCGUCGUCCCCAUUGAAAAUUCUACAAAUGGCUCAGUCGUCUUCACCCUCGAUAACCUCGCCGACCGCAAUGGUCGGUACAAAGACAUCACCGUCGACGGCGAGAUCUUUGUCGACGUACAUCACUGCCUGGUGGGACACAGAAAUCCAUCCCCCGUGCUGGAGCUGGAAGACCAUGGAGACGGGUCGGGAACCUGCACGCCUACUCUCACGGACCCGCGCCCGUCGAAACCAAAGUCAAAGCCCCUCGCGAAUCUGAGACACAUCAAGAGGCUCUACUCUCACCCUCAGGCGUUUGGCCAGUGCAACGCCUUCAUCUCGACGUACCUCAAGGGCGUUGAGAUUUUCGACGUCAGCUCGACUAGCAAGGCUGCCGAGAUUGUGAGCCAGGACACAACCGGCACUUGGGCGGCCAUUUCCAGCGAGCUUGCUGCCAAUCUCAUGCAGGGCUUGGAUAUGUUGGCCAGGUCUAUCGAGGACCGUGACGACAACACCACCCGCUUCCUCAUUAUCGGAAAGAAUACGACUGUUCCCAAGGACUGGAAUCUAGUGAAACAGUCGGUGGGAGAGGCUAGUACCAGGACUCUGAUAUCGUUCACGGUGCCUCAUACGUCCCCGGGUGCCCUGGCCGAGGUUUUGAGCGGCUUCAAGGCGCAUAAUCUAAACCUCACGAGCAUCAACAGCAGACCAAGCCUGUUGGCUCCAUUCCAGUACAUCUUCUUCAUUGAAUUCGAGGGCAGCAAAUACGAUGACCCAGAUGGAAGAGUAAAAGGGGCGUUGGAUAACAUUGACCGGGUCGCCCAGAGUUGGAGAUUACUCGGAAGCUGGGAACGGUACAAGUAGCUAUUCCAGUAAAAUGGCAGGGAUGAAUAAGACAAGAACUCAAGGAGAGCCUUGUCUUACCAAAAUGCUUCCCAACUAAGUUAUUGCGAGGCGACUACUGCAUCUAAGUGACCAACGUAGAUUAGUACAUGUAGGUUGACGAGUCCUUUUUCUCUCCCAGGAUUCGGCUGCCAAGGCCGCUUGACCGCCAUAAGAGUGAAUGAAUCC